AUGAAGUUCAGCGCGCUUACGCUUUUGGCACUUGGUGCCUCGGCCACCGCCUACGUUGUCAACGACAAGAAGGUCGUGACUAAUAAUGCCGUCGAGGCUCGUGUAGUGGUAAGUCAACUGAAAGAUUCAGUACCAAGAUUACCUGCUAAAGUCCCGAAGGGAAGCGGACCAGUCCGUGCAUCUGCUCUCGUAGCUGCUUUGCAAGCUCGUGACCCCGAGCCCCACCAUAAGGGCAAGGGCCGCAAGGGAAAGAACAACAAGCGUGAGGUUGAGGUUGAGGCUCGCCAGGAGGAGUUCGACCAGGCUGCUGAUGACGCUCACUGGGCGGACCUUCACACCCGUGAGCCCCACCACAAGGGCAAAGGUCGCAAGGGAAAGAACAACAAGCGCGAGCCUGAGCCUGUUGUUGAGAUCGAAGUCCGCCAUCACAAGGGCAAAGGUCGUAAGGGCAACAACAAGCGUGAGGUUGAGAUCGAGGCCCGCCACCACAAGGGCAAGGGUCGCAAGGGAAAGAACAACAAGCGCGAGGACGAGAACGAGCCUGAUGAGAAUGAGGCCGACGAGGAUGAGGCCGAUGAGGUGACCAAGCGUGAGCCUCACCACAAGGGCAAGGGCCGCAAGGGAAAGAACAACAAGCGCGAAGUCGAGGUUGAAGCUCGUCAAGAGUUCGACCAGGCCGCCGAUGAUGCUCACUGGGCGGAUCUCCACACCCGUGAACCUCACCACAAGGGCAAGGGCCGCAAGGGAAAGAACAACAAGCGCGAAGUCGAGGUUGAGGCUCGUCAAGAAUUCGAUCAGGCCGCCGAUGAUGCUCACUGGGCCGACCUCCACACCCGCGACGCUGAAAUUGAGGCUCGCGAGCCCCACCACAAGGGCAAGGGCCGUAAGGGAAAGAACAACAAGCGCGAAGUCGAGGUCGAGGCUCGUCAGGAGUUCGACCAGGCUGCUGAUGACGCUCACUGGGCGGACCUUCACACCCGUGAGCCUCACCACAAGGGCAAGGGCCGCAAGGGUGGCAAGGGUGCCAACUAA